UUUGACAUUCUGGAUGUCUUGGUUGUGUCUCAGCAGAAGCAAAGCACCUACGUCUACCUGGUCAACCUGCUUGUGGCCGACAUCCUGCUGCUCUUUGCCCUCCCAUUUAAGAUCCUGAAGGACCUCGGGGCAGCAUCAUGGAAGCUCAUGGUCUUCCACUGCCAGGCCAGCGGCGUCAUCAUGUACAUCAGCCUUUACGCAUCCAUUGCCUUCCUUGCCUUCAUCAUUGUAGACCGCUACUUGAAGGACCGCCACACGGCGCGCUCUCUGCGGCUGCAGGAGUCCAGCUUCGCCUGGCUGUUGUCGGUGGUGGUCUGGGCCUUGCUGCUGCUCAUCAUGGUGCCCAACAUGGCGCUUCCCACAAAGGAGGAUAAGGUGACAAAGUACCUCAGCUGUUCAUCUUUGAAGGAGAAAAUCAGCCUCCACUGGCACACUCUGACCGUGUUUCUCAACACGGCCCUCUUCCUCAACGCCUCUGCAGCCGUGCUCAUCUCCAGCGCCCUGGCCCUCAAAAGACUCCUGCACAGUCACAGUGACCCCAAACUAUGGCUGGAUGCCAGGAGGGUGGUGCUGAGUGUGACGGCCAUGGCGCUGGCCUACACCCUCAGCUUCGUUCCCUACCAUGUGGUGCGGACGCCGUACACUCUGGCCCAGGCUGAGGUCAUCAAGAACUGCCAGACCAAGAGGCAGCUGUUUCUGGGGAAAGAGUCCACGCUGUUCCUGAGCCUGGUCCACGUCUGCCUCGACCCGCUUCUCUUCUUCAACCUGGACGCUGCGUUCAGAGAAACAGUCAGGAGGCUCCUUUGCCGCAGCAGAAACCAGGCCGUUGAUGCAGAGGAGCAGGUUGUGCAGGAAGUGAUGCUGCCAAAAGUUCAUGCAGAUGAGGAUACUGCGGUCUAGUCACAGCUCUACAAAGACAAUGAACAACAUUGCAGAUGCUGCAGCAGAUGUUCCAGAAACUGGAUGUUUAUGGGAAUUCAAGAACAAAGACCGACAUGUGGGGCAUUGUGUCGCGCAGUGGUUAGAGCUGCAGUUCAUAUUCAGACACUUCGGACCUCAACAUAGCCGUCUUGAGUUUGAGUCCUUACUUCAUUUGCCGCAAGUCUAUCUGCCAUUUGCUGUCAGAUUACUGUUGGAUGAAUACCAGUAGUGCCAAAACUUAUUAAAACAAAACAAACAAACAAAAAUACUUAUCAACAGGUUUAAGAUGGCUGAACUGGAAUACUACCAGGACUUAACUGGUAAUAAAGAUGAUGUGAUUUUAUCUCAAGGCAGGAGUCACUUUAACCAAAGAAUCUGAAGGCCGUUUGUCAUUUUGACAGAUUACAAUCCACACUCCUGACCGGUUGCUGCACACCAGAAGACAUUUUCAACUUUACGCACAGAGUACCUCCCACUGGUCACUAAAUCUAUAAGAAAAAUCCAAUCUCAGCAUCAUCUAUGUUAUGUUUAUAUUGUAUUUAUAUUGUUUUUCUUGCACUGUCUGCACUGCCUUUGGAGCUGGCUCUUUAUGACUUUAAUCUCACUGUCCUACAGUGAGAUUAAAUUUGGAGGAAUGUUAAGUGAUGCUUCCAGUCCACAGCAUGGCAGCAGAGGAUGGAUUCACCCUCCAGAUCAACAUCAAAACCUUGAGACGUGAUUACACACAAGCUGGUGAACAAUUCAGGAGAUUAUGAGACUGUUCAGUGAAUCGUUCAUGGUGCAAUAAUUUAAUUUCAUUGUUUUUAUGGAGUUCCUGGAGCUGCAGUCACCGGUUUCUGUCACUGUGAAGAAACAGUGACAUGCAUUCAUCUGCUUGAUGUGUGAUGGCUUGUUGCAUAUUAAACUAAAUUAAAUGCAA